CACGCGCAUCCGUGGCCGUGGGAGACAAGGCAUCCUUCUUUCCCGCUCCUUCCCCUCCUUUUGCUGACUGCAUGUUCAGCCACACGCUGCCCCCCUCCCGCGCAUCCUCACUUCGGCCCCGUCGCAUGCAGCCCGGGUGAGCAUGGACAGUCGCGUCCUCGAGCAUCAUCCUCACGCCCACUUCGGAGGCUCCUUGGGCGGGCUGGUGGGCUUCCCGUACCCGCUCGGUCCUCACCACCACCACCACCAUCAUCAUCAGCAGCACCACCACCAGCAGCAGCACCACCAUCAUCACUCCCAGCCGCACGUCUACGAGCUCGCCGGCGCGCACCAGCUCCCAUCCGCGGCCGCCGUCCCCUUCUCCAUAGACGGAUUACUUAACGGCGCCUGCUCAGCCUCGGUGGUCAGCUCCAGCGGGCUCUUGUCGCCCGACGGACAGUACAAACUCUCCGAUUCCGGGGACCCGGACAAAGAAAGUCCUGGUUGCAAACGGAGAAGAACCAGGACCAACUUCACCGGCUGGCAGCUGGAGGAGCUGGAGAAGGCCUUCAACGAGAGCCACUAUCCGGACGUGUUCAUGCGGGAGGCACUGGCCCUCAGGCUGGACCUAGUGGAGUCCAGGGUUCAGGUUUGGUUCCAGAAUCGACGUGCUAAGUGGAGGAAGAAGGAAAACACGAAGAAAGGGCCUGGCCGGCCUGCGCACAACUCCCAUCCGACCACAUGCAGCGGCGAGCCCAUGGACCCCGAGGAGAUCGCGCGGAGGGAGCAGGAGCGCGCAGAGAAGAAGAAGCGUAAACAGGAGCGGAAGCUGCUCAAGUCGCAGAACAAACUUCUGCAAGGGGACAGCUUCCACACGCCCGGCGGUUCCGAGAGCGACAGCGGCGUGUCGCAGUUCACCGACAGCGAGCAGCAGCCUUGUUCAGGCCCGAACGGGAAUAUUCACAUGGAACUUCCUCAGAUGACUAGAGGCGCCGAAGGAGGACACCAAACCGAAUCCAGCUGUGACCAAACCCGACACGACUUCAACCCCCAAAACCAAAGAAGAGAAUCAGAGCAGGUUUCUCCGGGCAGUACGCACAGCUCUGGUAACCCUGCAGGUCCGAGAUCCUCGGCCUUGCAGAAGCGCAACCCUUUCAGCGUCGAAAGCCUUCUCUCGGACGCCGCGCCUCGACGGAAACCACAUCUGGACUUCUCCUCUCUGCCCACUCAGAGGACACUAGUGGGUAAAGGGCACUUCUUGCUUUACCCCAUUACCCAUCAGCCCCUCGGGUUUCUUGUGCCACAAACAGCCUUGAAGGCGGCGCCGUGUCAGGAGAACAUCAAUGGUCUCCACCUGGGACACAGCCUCCAACAGACUCCCACUGACCUCUCUUGCAGUCUCACUAAGCCUACAACCACGGAUCAUAAAACACACCAUCACAACAGUCCUGAUAGCAAUAGAGGCGACACCGAGGAGCAUGCUGGCGACUGUGGUACGCUUUCCGUCUGUCGGACGUCUUCGCGGUGCGCCGAUUCCGAAGAGACGGCAAGUUUGACAGUCCAAACAGAGGCCAAGCUGACCAACGGCUGCCAAACUGAGGAACAGAGCGCCAAAGAGGAGCGAGCAUCGCCGGACCUCUCCGAGAGUCUGAGCGUAAACACAGACUGUAGAGAGGCGGCCGAAACAGAUGGUGAGGACGUGGAUAUGGACUAACUCACACUAAGGCGCCUUGCUCAGACACUGUCAGAAAUAAGGGCACAGUUGGAAUCCCUUUUGGUAAUCAAGGUACAGUUUACAUGUACCUCACAGAGCUGAUUGGUGGACUCAAUGGCCGCUAAAGGUACAGGAAUGUUCCCUAGCUGUCAAAGGCUCAAUGGAUACAAAAACCUUUAAGGUUUGGCAAGUUGUACUCCCUGGUGGUACAUUUUGUUUUGAGAGUGAACUGUUCAAACAUUCCCAAAGCUCUGCAUACAGUAGAUGCUUGCAAACAUAUCAGGAAUAGACGCAUUUCCACCUAGCCGCGCAGUUCAGUUCGCUGUGGUACAGUCUGGAAUGGUACAACCCUGAUCUAGUGCACUGUAAAACAGCAUAAAGGCAUCAUAGUAGUGCGACAAAAGCCUCUAGUACACAGAAAUCUGUCAAAAUAGCUGCAUCAAUUGUGUGUUGACCCAAUUUUACACAACCCUGGCAAAAAGCUGCCUUUCAUACAGAACUCCGCAAAAGUAGAAUAUUGCUGCAAAUAUGUGCGACUUAGUCAAUUGCACAAAGAUAUUGCCACAAUUAUGUGUUCCUAACGCUAGUUUUCCACAGAUCUGGCAAAAAAAAAAAACACCUUUCACACAGAAACCAGCGAAGGUGGAAUAUUGCCGCAAUUAUGUGCGACUAAGCCAGUUUCACACAGUUCUGGCCAAAAACACACCUUAUAUACAGAACCGAGUAAAGGCGAAUUAUUGCUGCAAUUAUGUGGGAUUAAUCCACUUUUACACAGAACUGGCAAAAAAAACACAUUUCAUACAGACCCCGGCAAAGGUUGAAUAUUGCUGAAAUUAUGUGCGACUUAGUCAAUUCCACAAAGAAAUUGCCGCAAAUAUGUACGACUAAGCCAGUUUCACACAGAUCUGGCCAAAAACACACUUUUCAUAUAGAACCCGGCAAAUGUGGAAUAUUGCCGAAAUGAUGUGUGACUGACAGUUUUACGCAGAUCUGGCAAAAAAACACACCUUUAAUACAGAGGCUAAAUAUUGCCGCAAUUAGAUGCGAUUAACCCAGUUUCACAAAGACAUGGCAAAAAACCCCACCUGGCAAAGGUGGAAUAUUGCUGCAAUUAUGUGCGACUUAGUAAAUUUCACAAAGAUAUUGCCACAAUUUUGUGUUACUACGCCAGUUUUACACAGAUCUGGCAAAAAAAAAUUCCACCUUUCAUACAGAACCCAGCGAAGGUGGAAUAUUGCCGCAAUUAUGUGCGACUAAGUUUUCACACAGAUCUGGCAAAAAACACACCUUAUAUGCAGAACCAAGCAAAGGUGAAAUAUUGCUGCAAUUAUGUGGGAUUAACCACUUUUACACAGAACUGGCAAAAAACACACCUUUCAUACAAAACCCAGCAAAUGUGGAAUAUUGCCGAAAUGAUGUGCGACUACGACAGUUUUACGCAGAUCUGGCAAAAAACACACCUUUCAUACAAAACCCGGCAAAUGUGGAAUAUUGCCGAAAUGAUGUGCGACUAUGACAGUUUUACGCAGAUCUGGCAAAAAAACACCUUUCAUACAGAACCCGGCAAAUGUGGAAUAUUGCCGAAAUGAUGUGCGACUAUGACAAUUUUACGCAGAUCUGGCAAAAAACACACUUUUCAUACAAAUGCAAAGGCAAAAUAUUGCCGCAAUUAUAUGCGAUUAACCCAGUUUCACACAAUGUGGCAAAAAACCCCACCUGUGAUACAAAACCUGGCAAAGGUGGAAUAUUGCCUCAAAUACUUUUGUGUGCUAUUCAGCCAAUUUCACACACAUUUGGCCUUUCAUACAAAACCCAGUAUAGGGAAAUGAUUGUGAGCGACAGAAAUGUCCUUUCAUACAGAACACAGUGAAAGUGGAAUACUGAUGCAAUUGUGUAAGACUCAGUCAGUUUCACACUGCUUUUGCACAAGCCUGGUCACCGCUAUGUUACAACUUUGAGACUACUUUGGAAGAUGGCUUAGAUGGUGAUGUCUGAGUUAAUUCUGCAGAACAUCAGUGGACAAAUCCUUAGGUCUUAAACAAGCUGUGUUCCAGCUGGCACAAAAUUGAAACAAUGUUGAGAACUUGUUGAAUUAGGUCCUGACGUUGAGCAACUCAAACAUAAUGUUGGAAAAACAGGCUUUUUUAACUACGUUUAAUCAAUAUCGAUUUCUGACGUUGAUUUCAUCAUUGAGUUUUGGUAAUUUCCUAACCGAUAUUCUAAAACACACAAAUACAACAUUGGAACAACAUGCUUUUUAACGACGCUUAAUCAAUGUCGGUUUCUGACGUUGAUUUGAUCAUUGAGUUUUGGUCAUUUCCUAACCGAUAUUCUAAAACACACAAAUACAACAUGGGAACAACAUGCUUUUUAACGACGCUUAAACAAUGUCGGUUUCGGAGGUGGAUUUGAUCAUUGAGUUUUGGUCAUUUCCUAACCGAUAUUCUAAAACACACAAAUACAACAUUGGAACAACAUGCUUUUUAACGACGCUUAAACAAUGUCGGUUUCUGACGUUGAUUUCAUCAUUGAGUUUUGGUCAUUUGGUCAAUUCUAAAACACACAAA